UGGGCUUGGCUUCCAGUAUAACAGUGGCAGGAGGAGGAAAGCGAAGCUACCGAGCCAGCGAGGAGUGCAGCUCAGCCUGGCCUCACGCGCUCCUAGAGGACCACCUCCUGAGCGAGAGUUCUUUGCCCGCUCCUUCCUUCUCCAGGCUCCCCUGCUGCCCUUCCUCACUGCCCAAUACAAUGCAUUCUUGAGAGGCAGCGUCUGGACCCCAGGCAGCCCCAGAGAACCGAAGCAAGCCAAAGAGAGGACUGGAGCCAAGACACUCUGGUGGGGGAGCUUGGAUGCCUGGCUUUCUUUGAGGACAUCUUUGGAGCGAGGGUGGCUUUGGGGUGGGGGAUUGUGCUGCAGGGAAUCCAGCCAGGCCCCAAGAUGGACACUUCUGGGCACUUCCAUGACUCCGGGGUGGGGGACCUGGAUGAAGACCCCAAGUGCCCCUGUCCAUCCUCUGGGGAUGAGCAGCAGCAGCAGCAGCAGCAGCAGCAGCAGCCAGCGGCCCCAGCAGCCCCCCAGCAGCCCCCAGGACCCUCGUUGCAGCCUCAGCCUCAGCCUCCGCAGAUUCAGCAGCAGCAGCAGCAGCAGCAGCAGCCACCGCAUCCCCUGUCUCAGCUCGCCCAACUCCAGAGCCAGCUUGUCCACCCUGGCCUGCUGCACUCCCCUCCCACUGCUUUCAGGGCCCCCCCUUCGUCCAACUCCACGGCCAUCCUCCACCCUUCCUCCAGGCAAGGCAGCCAGCUCAAUCUCAAUGACCACUUGCUUGGCCACUCUCCAAGUUCCACAGCCACAAGUGGGCCUGGAGGAGGUAGCCGGCACCGGCAGGCCAGCCCCCUGGUCCACCGGCGGGACAGCAACCCCUUCACAGAGAUCGCCAUGAGCUCCUGCAAGUACAGCGGUGGGGUCAUGAAGCCCCUCAGCCGCCUCAGCGCCUCCCGGAGGAACCUCAUUGAGGCCGAGCCCGAGGGCCAACCCCUCCAGCUUUUCAGCCCCAGCAACCCCCCGGAGAUCGUCAUCUCCUCCCGGGAGGACAAUCAUGCCCACCAGACCCUGCUCCAUCACCCCAACGCUACCCACAACCACCAGCAUGCCGGCACCACUGCCAGCGGCACCACCUUCCCCAAAGCCAACAAGCGGAAAAACCAAAACAUUGGCUAUAAGCUGGGACACAGGAGGGCCCUGUUUGAAAAGAGAAAGCGACUGAGUGACUAUGCUCUGAUUUUUGGGAUGUUUGGAAUUGUUGUUAUGGUGAUAGAGACCGAGCUGUCUUGGGGUUUGUACUCAAAGGACUCCAUGUUUUCGUUGGCCCUGAAAUGCCUUAUCAGUCUAUCCACCAUCAUCCUGCUGGGGUUGAUCAUCGCCUACCACACCCGUGAAGUCCAGCUCUUCGUGAUCGACAACGGUGCGGACGACUGGCGGAUAGCCAUGACCUACGAGCGCAUCCUCUACAUCAGCCUCGAGAUGCUGGUGUGCGCCAUCCACCCCAUCCCCGGCGAGUACAAGUUCUUCUGGACGGCGCGCCUGGCCUUCUCCUACACGCCGUCGCGGGCCGAGGCGGACGUGGACAUCAUCCUGUCCAUCCCCAUGUUCCUGCGCCUCUACCUGAUCGCGCGCGUCAUGCUGCUGCACAGCAAGCUCUUCACGGACGCCUCCUCCCGCAGCAUCGGGGCGCUCAACAAGAUCAACUUCAACACGCGCUUCGUCAUGAAGACGCUCAUGACCAUCUGCCCGGGCACCGUGCUGCUCGUCUUCAGCAUCUCCCUGUGGAUCAUCGCCGCCUGGACCGUCCGAGUCUGCGAAAGGUACCAUGACCAGCAGGAUGUGACUAGUAACUUUCUGGGUGCCAUGUGGCUCAUCUCCAUCACGUUCCUCUCCAUUGGCUACGGGGACAUGGUGCCGCACACUUACUGUGGGAAGGGCGUCUGCCUCCUCACCGGCAUCAUGGGUGCGGGCUGCACUGCUCUGGUGGUGGCCGUGGUGGCCCGGAAGCUGGAACUCACCAAAGCGGAGAAGCACGUUCACAACUUCAUGAUGGACACUCAGCUCACCAAACGGAUCAAGAAUGCCGCAGCCAACGUGCUUCGGGAAACGUGGCUGAUCUACAAACACACCAAGCUGCUCAAGAAGAUCGACCACGCCAAAGUCAGGAAGCACCAGAGGAAGUUCCUCCAAGCCAUCCACCAACUGAGGAGCGUCAAGAUGGAGCAGAGGAAGCUGAGUGACCAGGCCAACACCCUGGUGGACCUGUCCAAGAUGCAGAAUGUCAUGUAUGACUUGAUCACCGAGCUCAACGACCGCAGCGAGGACCUGGAGAAGCAGAUCGGCAGCCUGGAGAGUAAGCUGGAGCACCUCACGGCCAGCUUCAACUCCCUGCCCCUGCUCAUCGCAGACAGCCUGCGCCAGCAGCAGCAGCAGCUCCUCACCGCCCUCCUGGAGGCCCGGGGCGUCAGCGUGGCCGUGGGCACCACGCACGGGGCCCCGCUCUCCGACAGCCCGAUCGGGGUCAGCUCCACCUCCUUCCCGACCCCGUACACAAGUUCAAGCAGUUGCUAAAUAAAACUCCCCUCUCCGGAAGCGUUACCCCUAGGUCUUAAGAUGCAAAUCCACUCUGUCCUGGUCGCUUUGCCACCGCGGAACUCGGAGACCAGGGAGCGGAAAGAAGAGACGGAGCUCGGAGCUGACUCGGCCCACUCGCGCUUGGUUCGAAAUGCCUUGAAACCAGAAAUCUAAUCUCUGUUUAGGUGCCUCUACUUGGGAGCGGGACGCGGAGAGGCCGGGAAGCGACGCCUCUGGCGGGGCCCUUGCUGCAGAGUUGGUGGAGAACAGAAUCCGCGCUCAAUCUCAGGUCUUCACGUGGGGGUGGGCGGGGCAGGUGCGCGGGUGCCACCCUGAAGCCAGGCCAGAGAGGGGCCUGGGAGAGGGGUGGGGCAGGCUGGGGGACCUCGAGCAUGCCUCUCUCCUUCCAUCUAGAAAGCCUUGGGUGACAAAAAGUAAGAGAGCUGCCCACAACUUGCCAAAACAGACAUACCUAGUUUAGACUGAAAAAAGGUGAAUAGUGAGAACUGCACACACACACACACACACACACAAAUGAAAAGCUAGAUUUUUCCAUCUAACAUAAAUACCUAUAUAAGCCUGGAUGUUUGCACGUGUGCGUACACACACACACACACACACACACACACAAUUUCCCACACCCCACAUUCAGUCCAAGUCCUUUCUUGUUUGAACUUCACCCAAAUACAAAGGGACCGGAUAUUGUCCCCUGCGCACAGUAGGCACUCUCUUAAGGUGAGCUGAGUGGGUUUGAAUAUGCACACAGGGUAUAUUCAGCCCCGGUAGUUAGGUCGUGUUGGCCACAUCCUGGGCUCCUCUGAAGACACAGGUCCCUUCCAACUCAGUGCAGGUUGCUUUGCCCUGGAUACGCACCGUGCAUGAUUUGAAGUGGAUGCCAAGCCAAAACUGUUGGCAUUCUGGAGGGGUAAGCAGGCUUCUAAAAAUAACAGCUUUUGCAGGGCUUCCUUCUUACAUCCAAACAAGCUGUUCUGAUGGACUACACACCUGGACGUAUGUGAGGGAGGGGUCCAGAGGAUUAUGCAUGUGUUUGCACAAUGCACCGACAGAUGCAACCCCAUGGCAUCUUGGUGGACAGAAGUAUUGUCUGGAGAUUUGCUGAGCUGUACUCACCCAGCAGCAUGUUUCCAGCCCCUGACAUUAGAAAUGCAAAGAGUCAAGCGCCUCACCUUUGAGCUGCUGAGCUGGGAGGGGAAGGAUAGAGUGGCCCACAUGGUCCCUUCUACCUGACCUGAAGGCACCUCAAAAUGAAAUAUUGUGAGAACAAAGGGAGUCUUUAGGGAAUCUUGUGGGUAAGGUAAGAAGAAGAGAUUUGUCAGAAGCCUAUGCAUAUUGUGCCAUGUUAAAUCUCGGUGCAAAAACAAUUUCCAUCCAUCACAAAUUCCAAGAGACUCUAGAAACAUCAAGAUGCAGUGUAGCGACAGGAACUGAAUUUUUUUCUUUCAUUUCUCCAUAAUCUGACCACACACACAGUAUUUGUGUCAUGCUAUUCAUCAUUUUCCUCAUUCUGAGGUCCUUGACUUCUACUUGUGGGAAACUAAUGAUACUGUAUGGAAUAUUUCAUCUGUUUAGGGUCAAACAAAAGGGUGUUACCUGCAGAGAGGGUUAUCAUUUGUGGUCGGGCUUUGUCACAAGCCAUCUCCAUUCAUAAGGCCGAGCUUUGUUGUGCAAAUUUUUCUUUUCAUUUUUAUUUUGGAUUGGGGAUUGAACCCAGAGGUACUCUACCUUGAGCUACAAUCUCAGCCCUUUUUAUUUUUUGAGACGAGGCCUUGCUAAGUUGCUGAGACUGGCUUUGCAUUUGUGAUCUUCCUGUCUCCAGCUCUGGAGUCACUGGGACCACAGGUGUGCAUCAUGGCUCCUGGUAGUAGAUUUUUCUUCUACAGCACUGAGCCUGGUCUUCUAAGGAUGAGGGAAUCACUAGACAGGAAGGUAGGCAAUUCUAGAAUGAAGGCUACUCUUUCAGGAAGAUCUGGGCUCUUGCUAACCUUCUUCUUUGGGGUCUUGCUAUUGCUACCUUUUCCCCCCAGGGCUGGAGAGGCAACCCAGAGCCUCACAUAUUCUAAGCAAAUGCUCUGCCACUGAGUUAAACCUCAGGCCACUGCUGUUGUUUAAAUGAUCUGUCUUCUUAAAGGUUUAUCUUGAGAAAUUUUCAUGGGUUGUUUUGCAUACUGGAGAUGCUACACCUGCUGUUGGCUUUUUAUAUUUUCCACUUGUUCUUUUAACUAUUGAUUAUCUGGAAGACUCCCACCUCUUUUUUUCUUUUUUCCUUUUGUUCCAAGAAUGGUGCUCCUAUUUUCAGUGACAGUUCCACCAAAUAUAUAAGCAGAUGUAUAAACAGAUGAAAUAGCCACACAGUUUAUUUGUGGCACUAAUUCUGCUUCACAGAGUGCAGACCACUGAUGGUUCAACUUAAGGGUGCCAUUCCCAAUCAUUUAGACUACAGCCAUCGACUGUGGAUUCCUGCUUACCCUUCCCUCCCACUAUAACUCUGUGCUCUGUGUGUGGGUGUGUGUGUGGUGUGUGCACGUGCACAUGGGUGUGUGCACACAGAGAGAUUUAGUCUUCAUUUCACAUAAAUGACUUACAGAAUUCACUGCCACCCCUCUUGCCCCAAAGUGUGUGCAGACUGUCAUUUAUCUGAAUUACCACAGGCUGUGGAUAAUUCUUUUUAAACCCAUUAUCGAUGCUCUUGCUGGGUCAACCCUGAAGAUGAAGUGAGCCGUGGUAGUCGAGGAAGUGGUUGGAGUUAUUUCCAGUAGCAGGAGCCACGGGCAUCGUAGAGACACGUGGGCAUUGGCAGCAUGACUUGACCUAUUGGUCGUGCAAUAGCUAGGGUGAAUUUUAUCUUUGGCAAAAGAUAAUCUUUAAAAAAAAAAAGUGAAUCUGCAUGUUGAUCCCUUCAUGGCAAAUGGGAUGUGACUUCUCUGUACUAGUGCUUCAGCUUUAUGUGGGGAAGUUACGAUUCUGCUGCAAGUACAAUCAACCCUUGAAGACCUAGGUGUUCAUUAUCCUGGGUGUAGCUCACCCGGAUUUUCCUCCUACAUCUCUUUGCUGAUUCCGUGGCAUCUCAGCCACACAGUCAGAUGGGGGAAGGGGACCGGUGAAUUAUAAUGUCAUGCCUUCUUGUACCUGAUUCUCAAGUUUUGGUCAUGGAAGAGGUUUAAUUAUCUGCUCAAGAAUGGGCUGCAUGUAAAAACUAAUCAUCACAGAAACCUCAGUCCAGUACAGAACCCAUCAAAUUCCGCCCCCUUCUGGAAGGCUGACCCAGUGGCAGAGCCCCUGCUAUCAUCUUUCCAAUAAUGCAGUGGCAGGUAAAAGCAUCCUAAUAAUCCCCAGAGUACCUAGACACUUGAAUUAGAAAUACAGAGCCACCCCCUCCCUCAUCGCUUAAGCCAUAUUAUAGCUUCGUGUACUGAAAAGUCAGGGAUGUACUGUGAUACUUUAAGACCACUAAUCUCAGUGGAAUUUCAGGACGUAGCAUCAGUUGGUGAAUUAUACCAGACUAGAAGCUUCACUCCUCCUUAGAUUGAAGUCCAAAUACAAACCUGCACCUUUGGAUCAAAGGCCACAUAUCUGUGAUCAUCACCAAGAACCAUUCUUGCCAUCUUCAUAAUAUGUCACUUCAUGCCAUCAUAUCUCUAGAAAUGCUUAAUAUAAUCCAAAAGAGCAAGAGGGGUACAGCCCUGAGUCACCACUGGUGGCCUGACAUCCGUGGGGACCAGGGGCAUCAUAACCUCGUAAAUGAGAUGUGGAAAAUGUACAUGCAGGCCAGCUCUAAAGUGCUCAGUGCAAAUGGUUUUAUUAUUAAAGGUCGAGAAGGAGUAGCAUUAAAGAAAUGAUGGUUUUAAUAUAUUGGGGAUUUCCCCCUUAAAUUUUCCAUAAUUUCCUUGUGAAUAAAUCAUGAAAAAGAAGAAAACCCAGUGAUACAAAAAUCAGAAUAAAUAAAAACUUAAGACUGGUUCCACAUCUUUGGCCAACUAAUAUAACCACUUCAUACCUCAGUUUCUCUGUACUUACAAUGAAGACAAUAGUUACUAUUGCUAAGUACAAAGUAUUCAAUAGAGGAAAACAAUGAAACCAUGAUUGUCAUCGACAACAACCCAGCCUGGCUCUAGCUAGUCCCCACUUGGAUGUUGUAUUUGAAUGUAGUCAAUAGUUACCAAAAAGUAAUUAUUACAUAGCAAAUAAGUAGUGAAACUGGCAGGGAGAAAUAGCGCCUAGUUUCAGAAUCCACCGCCUCCUCCAGAUUGUCACUUGAUAGACAGUGCACCCCAAGUCAGAAUCAGUGUUUCAUCUCAGAACCAAGGAUUUUGCUACUACCAUCCAUCAUAAAAACCCAGCCGAGACGCUAAGGAAGUCAUUGCACUACCAGUAGGUUGCUAUUCUUUUUUUUAAAAAAUCACUGAAUUUAAAUCCUAAAAUUUGUCUCCAGUUUUACACAGUCAUUCUACUUCCCUGAAGGUCGCUAGAAGCAGAUUAAGGAUCCGUUCGUGGUCAUCGGGCUGUCCCCGUUGAUUCCGCGGUGUUUGAUUUCAGUACCUUAGACAGCUAUCAGUGGCUUCCCUCCCCCUGCAGUCUUCGGGCUUGAGGACGCCCCGGACACUAGCCCUUCCUUCCUUCCCCACUGCCGCCAGGGUCAACGCUUUGGGAAUGAGAUCACUGUACCGCUAGGAAAGGAGCCUGACUUUCUGCCUGGGGUAGUGGGAAGCUCGUGCCAGGCGGCGGGAGUAGAAAUGAACACCUAACUCCUGUCAGGCGAGUAAUGCGUAGAUUUACAUUGAGAUAGACCACAGCUUAUUUAAGAGUACUCAGUGCAAGGGUAUAUAGAUACAUAUAGACAGAGAAACAAUAUAACUGUGAUCUUUGUGUCUUACACCAUUACUGGAAACACCCAAACUCAACUGGAGUUCCCUCUGAACAAAAACCAUUGUCAAAUCUUCAACGGAUGACCUCCAUACCUAGGUGCCAAGUGCCCCGUGACAGUGUUUACACACCUGAGAAUUGUAUUUCUGGAAGCUGUAAUCUUGGGCCUGGACAAACAAAAGAGACGUCGUUGUGACCAACCGAGCUGGUGGAGGAAAAGCACAAAACCCAAUACCAACCUGUACAGUUAGGAUCCCAAAGAGAUGCUGACAUUUUUGGCCAAAAACAAACAAACAAACAAACAAAAAAAACAAUAGUGACAAAUCAAAUCUGAUUGGAACCGCCAAUAUCUGGGUUCUCAGAAGAAGGACAGGGAAUAAACAACAACAUUCUCUAGCUAUGUCCGUUUUUGAAUCCCAACCAGGACUGACGACGACCUUCAUCAGACAUUUUUUUAACGGCGCAACAACUCGAUUUGGGUCCCAGACUCUCCAUUCUGCGCGGCCACAAGAGAACAACGAGAGAGCAUGACAGGAUGUUCAUGGAGGGGACAUUUCCAUGGCAAACUCAGAGACUGAAGUGUUCAUAUCCUGAAUCAGACGAGCUUCAAUAUGAAUUUGCAUCUUGCCUCUGUACUGCUUGCUAUUUUUUAAAUGAUAGGAGAAAGCAUAACAGUUUAUUUUAAAUAUGAAAUAUAUUGCUAUAUUAUAAAAUAUAUUGUAACUUUCAAUUAACAUUUUUGUAUCAAACUAGUCUUUAGCAGGUCCAGUGUUAGCCUGCUCUCCCAACCACUGUUUCUGAGUACACAUCAUUGUUAGAGAUCGCCUGACACCCAGGCCACGGGCCUGGUCCCACAACCUGUGAAUUGCCAUAUUCUCAUUUUUCUAAGACCUAAGCAUUAGUGACAAAAAAAAAAAAAUACUAUUACAAACUUAGAAGGAUGAUUCUACCCUAAAUUCUGUCAAGCCAUUUCAGAAGAGAUCUUAAAA